AUGAAUGAAUGAGUCAGUGAAAAGAAAUUGAAACUGUUGUUGACGAUGAUGACUUUGGAUGGUUUUAUUCAUUAUCAUUUUUUUCGCUUUCUUGGUCAAACUAUUUCCCGUACAUACAAGGAUAACCAACAGGCGGCAAUCGAUAUUAAUGGGAUUCGAAAUUCGAAGGGAAUUUGGCUUAUGGCUGUACAAAUUGAUUGUUAUCAAUGUGGACGAUUGAUUGAACCAUUGGAAUUGGCGUUUCGUAUACCAUAUGGUCGAAAGCAACAGCUAAUACAUUAUCAUGUACGUUGUUUUACCUGUUCGAAAUGUUCACGUCAAUUGCAAAAAGGUGAACUUUAUGGCCUGAUAAUCAAUGAUCAUACUUUUGGGUUGAAUGUGUAUUGCGAACAACAUUAUCGUCAACAUCAACAUCGGAAACAAGAGAGUCAGUCGAGCGAUGGACAACAAACAUUUGAUCAGAUUUCCUCUUUUUCGUCAUAUAAAUGUUUGAAUCAAGAUGUUGAAUGUAAAAUGGCCAAAAUAAAUGAAUCGAAUUCCGGUGAAAGUAAUCGUUAUUCUCAUCAACAAAAUUUCAAUCGAUUGUCCACAUGCGGUCGUAUAUGGACCAAUAAUAAUAAUAAUGAAAAACGUAUGAGGACCAGUUUUCAGAAAUGUCAGCUUGAUUUACUACACCGAUGUUUCAAACGGACACAUAAACCAAAUACUGAUGAAAUGUAUCAUCUUGUGCAACAGACUCAACUUUCUAAACGUGUUUUACAAAUUUGGUUUCAAAAUCAACGAUCCAAGUGGACGAGAUUAAUGAUGUCGCGACCGCCCAUUGUCGGUCCAAUCAAAGUUAUGGCCAGUAAAGUGGCAGCAGAAUCAUUUUCCCAAAAUAUAGCGAUCAUUGAUCAAAAACAACAAUAGCAGCAAUUUUUUUACGUUGAUCAUACUUGAGAAAAGAGGAUCAAGCUAGUAUUUUUCGGUUACGCUCUAUAGCUUCAAU